ACUCUCAAACCCUAACAUUUCUCGUCUUCGUCUUCACCGCGUCUUGCGAGGGCUCCUCUCAUCUCAUCAACCCUAAUCCAUCCAAGACUUUCUCCUUUACUUCCAAGAUUUUCAAUUAAGCUUCCAUACAUUUUAAGCGAAAUCUUCGGAGCCAUCAAUCCACCCUUCUUCGAUGUCGCUUCAGGGUGCAAACGCAACAGGGAAAUCCAACGGGAGACCCAACCAAUCGGGCCGCCGAAACGGUAACGUAGAGGGUGAGUGCCACAAGAAUGGGGCUGUGGGGACGCCGCCGACGUACUCGACUCACCGGCUGAGGCUCAGCCCAAAUUCGGAUCACGAGCCGGAGAAUUACGAAGAUUUGGAGCUGGAAUUCAGCCCGCUGCUCUUUAGCUCGUUGGAGAAGUAUCUUCCCGCGCAUAUUCUCCACCAGUCGCGCGAUGUCAAGGCCGAGUACAUGCGCGAGAUUCUUCAGCGAUACUAUCCGGAAAAAGACCGUGCUAGGAUUCAGAAGCACAGAGAAUACCGGCGGAAGAUUUUAUCCAACUAUCAGCCUCUGCACAGGGAACUUUAUACCCUCAAUGCUUCAAACUUCUUUGUUCCUUCGUUCAUCGAGGCAAUCAAUGAGAACACUGAACAAAGUUUUAGAAGCAUACUGUCUGAACCCUCUCCAGGAAUCUUUACUUUUGAAAUGCUGCAGCCGCGAUUCUGUGAACUGUUGAUGUCUGAGGUGGAAAAUUUCGAGAAGUGGGUCAUCGAGACAAAGUUCGCAAUCAUGAGGCCUAAUACAAUGAAUAAGUAUGGUGCAGUUCUUGAUGAUUUUGGUAUGGAAAGCAUGCUCCAUAAGCUCAUGGAAGAUUUCAUACGUCCGAUGGCAAAAGUUUUCUUUGUUGAUGUUGGUGGACAAACACUUGAUAGUCAUCAUGGAUAUGUUCUUGAGUAUGGAUUACAUAGAGAUGUUGGUAUUGGUUUCCAUGUGGAUGACUCGGAAGUCACCUUAAAUGUUUGCUUGGGCAAACAAUUUUCUGGUGGUGACCUGUUCUUCCGUGGUGUCCGGUGCGAAAAUCAUACAAAUACAGAAACACAGCCAGACGAGAUCUUUGAUUACUCCCAUGUUCCGGGCCGAGCAGUUCUUCAUCGUGGUCACCAUAGGCAUGGUGCUAGAGCAACUACUUCCGGAAGCCGGGUGAACUUAGUGCUAUGGUGUAGAAGUUCUGUGUUUAAAGAGCUGACUAAACACCAAAAGAAUUUCUUCAACUGGUGCGCAGAGUGCCAACGUCAAAAGAAAGAACGACAGCGCUUGUCUGUGAAUGCUACCAAAAUGGAACUGUUAAGGCGAGUCGGACAAACUGCCAUAUGAACUUCUGAUCAUGGUAUGCUCUGCUGUCUCAACCUGUAAACUAUGUUUUACAUAUGCGCCGGAAAGAGGAGAAAGUAGCGAUAUCUCUAGGGUUCGAAACAUUUGUUACCUUUUGUUGUCUGCUUAUUGCAUAUUCUCAGUAUGUCCAUCCUUUACAUCUGAUAUAAUUUGUGGGUAUGAUGGUACCAAGAAGUUUUCUGGAUUUUAUUACCUGAGGUGAACAAGAAUGGUGCCUAUUGAUUUGGAUGGUUUUUCUGA